AAGCACACAACAGUGGCUUUUGUAACAACAGUCCAACGCUGCACUUUGAAUUGGACAAGACUCAUCUUGUCUACAGAGUCAUGUCUUUUAUUUCUGUGUGGUGAUCUCUGUUUGAGAGAGCAGCAUGGAUCUGUCAGAGUCUCAGGAAGUGGACGCUGCCGGUCCCGGACCUGAGCAGAGUCCUAAACCCGAGCUGUCUGCAGCGAUGCGGGCUAAAAUCGAGCGGAACCGGCAGCGAGCGUUGAUGCUCCGACAAGCCCGACUAGCGAGCCGCCCUUUGUCCGCUAUCGAGGGCGCAACUUCGGCCAAAGUCUCCAAGACCAUCGACUCCGGUGCCGGGUUCUUCAUCGAGGAGGAGGAGGACGGACAGGAAGAGCAGAGGACCAGGAAAGUUGUGCAUCAGCCAGCUCCAGUGAUUGAGCCAGACUACCUGGUGUGUGAUGACUGUCAGAAACCUUUUAUGGACUCGUACCUCAGCAACAGCUUUGACCUGCAUGUCUGUGACAAGUGCAGAGACAAUGACGAGAAGCAUAAGCUGAUCUCCAGAACUGAGGCCAAGCAGCAGUUCCUGCUGAAGGACUGUGACCUGGACAAGAGAGAGCCUCCGCUCAGGUUUAUACUGAAGAAAAACCCCCAUAACCCUCGCUGGGGGGACAUGAAGCUCUACCUCAAAGUACAGGUGGAGAAGAGAAGUAUGGAGGUGUGGGGUUCAGAGGAGGCUCUGGAAGAGGCCAAAGAGACAAGGGAAGAGAACAGAGAGGUGCAGAAACAAAAACGCUUCAACAAGAAGGUCAAAGAGCUACGCAGGGCGGUGAGGAGCAGCAUGUGGACCAAAGACACCAGCGUUCACCAGCAUCAGUACGGACCAGAGGAGGUGGUGGAUCCAGAGGAGGACCUCUACAAGAAAACCUGCACCACCUGCGGACAUGAACUCACAUACGAGAAGAUGUAGACACACACACACACCAGCACUGACUUUUACGGGUUUCAUCUAAGGAGAUGAUGUUUGGUGCUUCUGUGGGGAACCGCGCCUCUCAAAAUCCAUCAGCUGUAUUUUUUUGUCUGUUUUUCUACUGGUAUUUAUUAAGAAACCCUCCAUCCCGAUCACACACACACACGGGGCCAAAAUCACUCUCCUGUCUGACACUUACAGGCUGUUAUAGGUCUGUAGUAACUUCUAUUUUAAACAUUUGCUACUGACCUCAGCUUGAACUGUUGUAUAUUUUUAGUCUUUAGUCUUGCCUCUCUGGUCCGCGAUAUUGCUACACUUCCUGUUUCUUUUAUAGAACAUGGAGAUUUCCUCUGAUGAUGGGCAAAUUAAAGAAGACACAAUACUGAAACUUGAAAAUACCGUCUUGCGUAAAAAAGUGAAUUGUGGGCCUGCUUUAUGACUGAAACACAAAUGAUGAGUAAGAGUUAAAGUCCUCUACAGACUGAAUCCUCACAGAUUUUGGUCACAUCUACCGCAAUUUGUUCACUGUCAUCACGUCUAAAUGUUAAAACUUAACUUGUCAUUGCUUUUGUGGCCUUAUCUUGAGAGAGAGGAUAAGGCCACAAACAGAAGUGGAUGUAGCCAUUGUGACAUCACCCACUGGUUUGUUGACUCCUGUUUCAAAGCAUCGAGUAUGGAAUAUUGGUCGCUGCCAUUAUGUUUUCUGGAGCCAGAAGUGACCAUAUUCAGACGAGAGAGUGGAGCUGUGGAGGAGCGAGGAGAUCUGAGAACCCGAGGACACCAUGCACGCCAAACAACGUAGCCACAGCCUAAAGCAGUCCCUGCUUUAUCAUCUGUUUUACUCUAAAUGAGACGAGAAUUCACUAAAUGAACUCUGUGCUGUGUUGAAGAAGACUUGAAACUGGCAAUUGAGACCAUAAACUCAUGAGGAAAAUGUUUACUGAAGAAAUAAAUCACGUGAGAAGUAG